AUGUCAGACUCAGAUAAUUUCUUCGGUGAACUAGACGAUGAACGUGGCUCUUCCUUAAGCCCAAGGAACAGUCCGAACUUGGAAGAAAAAGACGGUGGUCCUUUUUCUGUUGCAAAUCCAGAGUGUUGCAGAGUCCUGAGAGAGAUGUUCUAUCUAGUUUUUGGCCAUGUGGACUAUAAAGGCAAGCAACGGGAAAUUGUAGAAGCUGCAAUAUCAGGUGUCGACGUCUUUGUUCUGGCUCCAACUGGAAUGGGAAAGGUUCCUGCUGUGGUCGAAAAGUUUGGUAUAUCGAUUGUCGUAUCUCCGCUGCUUGCCUUGAUGAAGAACCAGGUGGCAAGUCUUCGACGAAAAAAUGUAUGUGUGGCAUCACUAACGUCUGAAACACCCAAAGAGGACAAACAAGAGAUUCUUGACGACCUUUUAUCUGGGCAACCACAAAAUCGUUUACUCUAUAUCACUCCCGAGAGACUUUUUACUAAAGAUAUUAUGAGGCUGCUGACUAUCGUAUACGAAAGACAGAGACAAGUCGUCGCUCUUCAGGCUCACUGUAUCUCCGAAUGGGGACACGAUUUCCGGGCUGAAUAUAGAAAGCUAGGAAAUUUUCGUGAUCGCUUUCCAGGGGUACCAAUAAUGGCGCUCACAGCGACCGCUACACCUGGUGUCCAGCAAGACAUUAUCCGAAGCCUAAAGAUGGAUAGAAAUAGUUUAUUUAAAGCGGUGCAUCCUUUCAAUAGGCCAAACCUUUUUUAUGAGGUUCGGUAUGCGUCUGCACCUGAUUCUCUUUCCCAGAUGGCCGAUAUCCUCGAAUUCAUAACGAGUCUGCAUCGACGACGUGAAAGGCCUUCUUCUGGAAUAGUGUAUUGCAGGACACGUGUCGUGUGUGACGAGCUUUCUGCGUAUCUUCGGGGCAAGGGCCUCAACUCAAGACCAUAUCAUCGUGGAAUUCCUGCUAAAACGCUCGACAAAACUCUGAAAGAAUGGGAACAAGGAGGUUCAGGGGAGGGUGUAGACGUUGUAUGCGCGACUAUCGCCUUCGGUAUGGGUAUUGAUAAGAGCGAUGUCCGAUAUAUCAUUCAUUUUGACCUCCCUAAGAGUUUCGAAGGCUAUUAUCAGGAGACAGGCAGGGCUGGUCGCGAUGAUGCACCUUCAAGAUGUAUACUAUAUUAUUCCCGGGAAGAUGCUUUUCGACUUCGAAGGCUUGUGUCGGGCUCUCAUGCUCGACGACAAUUUGCAGCCGACGCUGCGGACGGUCCCGCUCCUAGCCAGAGAUCGAUAGAUAGUUUCAGCUCGUUAAUCAAUUUUGCUGAAAAUACUCACAUAUGUCGACAUGUGGUGUGUUUCUUCACGUCGCUUUUCAAAAGCUCAGCACGACUUAUCAUCUCGAAAGUCAAUCUGCAGAUGUGUGACGUGUGCAAAUACCCCGAUAAGACCAAACGUCGAAAACAGAAACUUACUGAUGAAGAAGAUAUUGGAGCACUGACGUCUAAUCUCGACGAUCACAUCAAACAUACGGUGGACGAUGAAGGCGACAGUUACAGUGCCAAUGCCCUUCAGGCUAGGAACCGGUCUUCUGCGGAAGGCCCUUGGAAUAAAGCGGUUUGGAAGCCUCCGAACCGAGGAGGAGGGGGCAGUGACAGUAAAUCUGAUCCGUUUGCGCAGCAGCAAUCUUCAGGAGGUAGUAAACGUCCAAACGACAUCUCAUAUGAUGCGAGCUCGAAAAAACCGAAGUCUAGCCAUGCCAUGCCAUCUAAACUUAUAACGAAACCAUUUGAAUCUAUGAGAAGCCUGAAGAAACCUUUCAAAACACCAUUCAAAAUACCAGCAGUGCCACAGAAUCCUCCAAGGCCUGAAAGGAGAGUCAGUCCACAAGCGCUAGAAGAUGAGGAUGUUAUCAUUGUGGAGGAUCACGAGCUUUCCUGCAAUUCAAGUAUUCCCCCGUUGGCAGACCAACACGAUGAAGUGGAGAUAGUGGAUACUGCACUCCAAUACUCAGGCCGUAUUUCUCCCUCGGUAGAGCUCCCCGAAGUAGGCGUAGAACUCGAUGCUGGUUUUUCGCAAAAAAUAUCCUCAAAUCUCCGUGAGGACUCUUUCAAUUCUCUUAGAGGUGUUUUGCACAAGGUCUUUAUGAUGAAUGGGAAAGAAACCGAGGAUCAAAUGUGGAGUUAUCUUGAAUAUUCUCCUUCCACAGCAAACGGAAGGGAUACAGUCCUUGCAGAGGCUGCCAAGGCGAUCGAGUAUUCUGCUCAUACUAUGUCAGUAACGGAUACAGGAUACAAAGAACGUCUGCGAGCCAAAAUGCAAGCAGUUGAGAUGAUGAAAAGGGGAGAUGUGUGGGGUAGGAUGUCGUCUGGCACGGAAGAUGACGAUGAAUUGGUGGAAGCUGUGGAUGCACUCAAGCAGGCUUGUGUCUCCUGA